GGUAUUGCUAUACAACAGCAAGAGAAAAUGAAGAUAGAAAUCUUGACUGUUUUCUGCUGUAAGACAAAUCAAGAUGGAUGUGGCCAAGCUGUCUUCAGCCAAUUAGAUCGAGAUCCCGCAAAUAGCAUAGUAGCAAAUGCAUCUAAAAAUCCCGAAACGCAAUGCCGUAUCGCACGGAAGCGCGAAACCCGACACAUACCUUUCCGCUCUGUCUAACAACUUGUCCUCUAUUACACGCACAUGGAUAGCCAGCUCAUAAAAACCGUCAACAAGCUUCAAGAUGCAUUUGCAACCGUUGGCGUGCAUAAUCCUGUCGAUCUGCCACAAAUCACUGUCAUCGGCUCACAGUCGAGUGGCAAAAGCUCCGUCUUGGAAAACAUUGUCGGACGCGACUUUUUGCCAAGAGGUACCGGCAUUGUCACUCGCCGUCCUCUGAUUCUGCAACUCAUCAACAGACCUGCUAGUACGGAUAAGUCAAACUCUUCUGACAAGGAGGGUGACGAGUGGGGUGAAUUCCUCCAUCUUCCUGGACAAAAGUUUUAUGACUUUGACAAGAUCCGCGACGAGAUUGUAAGAGACACAGAGCUAAAGACGGGCAAGAACCAAGGUAUCUCGCCUCAGCCAAUCAACCUCAGAGUAUUUUCGCCCAACGUUUUGACCCUGACGAUGGUAGAUUUGCCUGGUUUGACAAAGGUUCCUAUUGGUGACCAGCCUAAAGAUAUCGAGAAACAAAUCCGUGAAAUGAUUCUGAAAUAUAUCACCAAGCCCAACGCCAUCAUUCUAGCCGUUACAGCCGCUAAUACCGAUCUUGCCAAUUCGGAUGGUUUAAAACUGGCUCGUGAAGUCGAUCCAGAAGGAUUGCGGACAAUCGGUGUCUUAACAAAAGUUGAUUUGAUGGAUCAGGGAACCGACGUCAUUGAUAUAUUGGCAGGGCGUAUGAUUCCACUCAGAUUAGGCUAUGUCCCCGUAAUCAAUCGUGGCCAGCGAGACAUUGAAGCCAAGAAAUCAAUCUCCAAAGCUCUGGAGGCCGAAAGAGACUUUUUCGAGAACCACCCUUCAUACCGAAGCAAGGCUCAAUACUGCGGUACUCCCUUUUUGGCACGCAAAUUGAACAUGAUUCUGAUGCAUCAUAUCAAAAACACUUUGCCAGAGAUCAAGGCUAAAAUCCAGAAUGCACUUGCCAAAUAUCAGCAAGAGCUGGCGCAGCUUGGUGAUCCUUUGAGUGACAAUCAGGCCAGCAUGGUUCUCAACAUCAUCACCGAGUUUUGCACCGAGUUCCGUACCAUCAUUGACGGUAAUUCAAACGAGUUGUCCAGUUUCGAGCUUUCGGGCGGUGCACGCAUUAGUUUUGUGUUUCAUGAGCUAUAUGCCAACGGUGUAAAGUCAAUCGAUCCAUUGGAUGAAAGCAAGGACUCUGAAAUUCGAACGAUAUUGUAUAACUCUUCUGGCUCGUCACCAGCUUUAUUCGUAGCAACAACCGCUUUUGAAGUUAUUGUCAAAAAGCAGAUUAAGCGUUUGGAGGACCCAAGCAUGAAAUGUAUUACCAUGGUGUAUGAAGAACUGGUCCGAAUUUUGGGUCAGCUGUUGAACAAGCAGUUCUUUAAGCGAUUUCCAGCCUUAAAAGACAAGUUCUACCAGGUAGUGCUUGCCUUUUUCAAAAAGGCAACUGCGCCUACUAACAAGUUGGUCUCGGAUUUGGUUGCCAUGGAAGCCUGCUAUAUCAAUACGGCCCAUCCAGAUUUCUUAAACGGCCAUCAAGCAAUCGCUAUCGUGAACGAGCAACUUCAUCCUAAACCAACCCAACCUACUGGUCCAGAAAGCACGGGUAAAGGCGGUCGACAUCAACACCAACAACAGCUCCAGCCAAAUCACUUGUCUGCGUUACAAACCAAGAACUCAAGCUCGACCAGUUUGGAUAGCUCGGGCGACCAAAGCGGAUCCUUCUUUGGAAGCUUCUUUGCUGGACCAAAAAAGGCCAAGAAACCCAAUGCACCGAUGGAAACUCCACCAUCUUCGCUUAAAGCAACGGGUGCAUUAUCUGAGCGUGAAUAUAUGGAGACAGAAGUUAUUAAGCUCCUCAUCCAAUCCUACUACAACAUUGUAAAGCGAACAAUGAUCGAUAUGGUUCCUAAGGCAAUCAUGUUGAACCUUGUGACACAUGCCAAGGAAGAGCUCCAGCGGGAGUUGUUAUCCGAACUGUACAAAGCUGAAGUGCUGGAUGAUCUUUUACAAGAAUCCGAAUAUACUCAAGAACGCCGCAAGGAAUGCAAGAAGAUGAUUGAGGCAUUGCAAAAGGCUGAUGAAAUUGUCGCAUCUGUUUGAUGAUACCCUUUAUUUUAAAAAUUUGUCGUUCCUCCUCUUGUUGUGUUUGAUAACGGAUGAUUCAAUAAAAAGACAUGGUAUGUUUGUAUGUA